CACUGUAUUAAUAUUAGAACUGGCUUAAACACAAGUGUUGCUCAGAUUAUUUUCUUGGAUAAUUUUAAUAUUGUCAUGCAAUAUUUUGCAUAGCUUAAGAGUGUGUAUAUUCUGCACUUCCAACGGUUUAAGAUAACUGAGUUAUGGUGGCUUAAAUGAAAUUGAUCUAAAUAUAUUUCCUAAGACUGGUCUUAUUUUCUUUUCUCUUUGUUCUAGAAAAGAUCUAUAAACACUGUAACAGAUCACUUACAAUACCACAGAUUGGAAAAAAGAUUUUAGAAAUGGCUCCUCAUGAAGAAAAUGCAUAAAUGAAAAAAAUAUUAUGCUUGACUGAUAAGAUAGUUUGUGUGAGUUCUGGAGAAGAUGGCUUAUGUUAGCCCAAAGGAAUUUGCACUAAUAUUUGGAGUAGUGGCCGCUUGCUACUGGAACAGUCUAUUUUGUGGCUUUGUUUUUGAUGAUGUCUCUGCCAUUUUGGACAAUAAAGAUUUGCAUCCUUCAGCUCCAAUUAAGAAUCUUUUUUUGAAUGACUUCUGGGGAACACCCAUGUCUGAGGAGAGAAGUCAUAAGUCGUAUCGACCGUUCACCGUCUUCACAUUUCGUUUAAACUAUCUGUUCAGUGAAUUAAAUGCUAUUUCUUACCACUUCCUGAAUAUCAUCUUCCAUGCAAUUGUUUGCAUCAUCUUCCUCAAAGUCUGUAAGCUUUUCUUAGAUAGCAAAAGCAGUUUGGUUGCAUCUUUACUAUUCGCAGUACAUCCCAUACAUACUGAAGCCGUAACUGGUGUGGUGGGCAGAGCAGAACUUCUCUCUUCAAUCUUUUUUCUAGCUGCUUUUCUGUCCUAUACCAGAUCCAGAGGGCCAGAAAACACAAUAGUAUGGACUCCUAUUGCAGCAACAGUUUUUUUGGUGGCUGUUGCUACAUUAUGUAAGGAACAAGGAGUAACAGUGGUGGGGAUAUGCUGUGUCUAUGAAGUAUUUAUUGCUCAAGGGUAUACUUUGCCAGUUCUUUGGUAUACAGUGUUACAAAUUCUUCAAGGCAAAGGCAGCAUUCCCUACUGUAUGCUUCAAAUGCUAUUGAAACUGAUUGUUCUGAUGUUCAGUACCCUACUACUUGUUGUGAUCAGAGUCCAAAUUAUUCAAUCCCAGUUACCGGUGUUUACAAGGUUUGAUAACCCAGCUGCUGUGAGUCCAUCUCCUGUGAGGCAGCUGACUUUCAAUUACCUCCUUCCAGUAAAUGCUUGGCUGCUUCUAAAUCCUUCUGAAUUGUGUUGUGACUGGACAAUGGGCACCAUCCCAUUGGUAGAAUCCGUUCUAGAUGUACGAAAUAUUGCCACUGUCACCUUCUUCUGUUUUUUGGGCACUUUGGUGGUCUUCAGUCUCUGGUAUCCUGGGGAUUCCUCCAAGACUGUAUUAAUGGCUCUUUGUUUAAUAAUUUUGCCAUUCAUCCCAGCAUCAAACCUUUUUUUCCCUGUUGGCUUCGUAGUAGCAGAACGAGUGUUAUAUGUUCCCAGCAUGGGAUUCUGCAUGCUAAUUGCCCAUGGGUGGAAAAAGCUGUCAAGUAACAGUACCCUGAGAAAGCUAUCAUGGAUUUGUUUGUCUUUGGUUUUGUUCAUUCAUGCCUUAAAAACAUUGCAGAGGAACUGGGAUUGGGAAUCGGAAUAUACGUUGUUUAUGUCUGCUUUAAAGGUAAAUAAGAACAAUGCUAAACUUUGGAAUAAUGUGGGUCAUGCUUUAGAAAAUGAAAAGAACUUUGAAAGAGCAUUGAGAUUCUUCAUACAGGCCACCCAAGUGCAGCCAGAUGAUAUUGGUGCUCAUAUGAAUGUAGGAAGAACUUACAAAAAUUUAAACAGAACCAGAGAAGCAGAAGAAUCCUAUUUAGUUGCAAAAUCAUUGAUGCCACAGAUUAUUCCAGGUAAAAAAUAUGCUGCGCGAGUUGCUCCUAACCAUCUGAAUGUUUACAUAAACCUUGCAAACCUGAUUCGGGCAAAUGAGUCUCGUCUUGAAGAAGCAGACCAAUUGUAUCGUCAAGCCAUUAGCAUGAGGCCAGAUUUCAAACAGGCAUACAUUAGCAGAGGUGAAUUGCUUCUAAAGAUGAACAAACCUUUGCAAGCUAAAGAAGCCUACCUCAGGGCUCUUGAAUUGGAUCGAAGCAAUGCAGACUUAUGGUAUAACUUGGCAAUUGUUUAUAUUGAACUGAAAGAUCCAUCUGAAGCUCUGAAGAACUUCAAUCAGGCAUUAGAACUGAAUCCUAGUCACAAACUAGCCUUGUUCAAUUCUGCACUAUUAAUGCAAGAAUCUGGUGAGGCCAGCCUUAGGCCUGAAGCUAAGAAGAGACUUCUAAGUUAUAUAAAAGAAGAAUCUCAAGAUGCAAAUGGUUAUUUUAAUUUAGGCAUGCUUGCAAUGGAUGAUAAAAAAGAUGAUGAAGCCGAGAUGUGGAUGAAAAAAGCCAUAAAGCUACUGCCAGGCUUCCGCAGUGCUUUGUUCAACUUGGCAUUGCUUUAUUCUCAGACUGCAAAAGAGCUGAAAGCUUUACCAGUGUUGGAGGAGUUGUUGAGGUAUUACCCAGAUCAUACCAAAGGUUUAAUUUUGAAGGGAGACAUUUUGAUGAACCAAAAGAAAGAUAUACAGGGAGCAAAACAAUGUUUUGAGAAAAUUCUGAAAAUGGAUCCAAACAAUGUGCAAGGAAAACACAACCUCUGUGUGGUUUACUUCGAAGAACGAGACUUAUUAAAGGCAGAAAAGUGCUUAGUGGAAACAUUGGCCUUAGCCCCACAUGAGGAAUACAUCCAACGCCAUUUAAGCAUUGUCCGAAGUAAAAUUGCUUCCCUCAGACUAGGGGACACAAGUGUGACUCAUACAGAAAAAGUAGCAUCUGUGGAAGGAAAAAAAACUCCAUCUGAACACUUGAAAGAGGUAAAAAAAGAGCAGAAAAACCCUCAGACCACAAACACUAAUGUUAGCAAGGAGCAAAGGAAGUCCAAAAAACAUGGAAAUAAAAACACUACAGACAAAGAGACAAAAAAGAAAUCGACAAAAGAGAUAAAAGAGAUAGAGAAAAAAAGAGUUGCUGCACUGAAAAGACUGGAAGAGAUUGAACGUAUAUUAAAUGGUGAAUAAUUAUUUAAAGCACCACUAUAAGGGAAACUGGCAUCUAUUUUGCAGAUUUUACAUGUGCAUUGCAUGUGUUUUCAGUCAAAGUGACCACAGGGUGCUUUUGAAUUUGGAAACAAUGUUGAAAUCAUAAUGUUAACUAAAAUUGAAGAAGUUACACAAUGAAUAGGAAAAGCCAUGGCUUUUAACCAAGAAUGCUUGGUUAAGGAGUUGCACAUAAUUGACACACAAGGACUUUUCCAACAAUGGAAGCUAUAUUCUACUAUUGCUGGUUAGAAGAAUAGCUUAUUAGCCCAGAAACAAAUCCCACUAAAUUAAACUACUUAUUUGAAAGUAAGCAAGUUAGGGCUUGGCUGCAAAAUACUUGCAACCAACUAUGCUCAGUUCUUUCUGUUCUCAAAGAACAGUUAAAAUGCUGAUAGAUAAGUAUUAAAAAGAGCCUCAGGUAUAUUGGUCACCAGACUAAUUUUACUAGAGAAAACCAUGGGUCUGAGUAUUUGAGCAUUGCAAAUUUGGAUGACUAUUUUUUUACUUCAUACAUCAAAUCAUUUUUUCUAUGUAAAUGUAUGUGGCACAUUCCCAUUUUGUCCUCCUGCUUCCUUGUAAGUAUUAAUGUUCCAAAUGAAUUGGGAAUUAAUUAGCAAAUACCACUUGUGUUUCUGUAUGUGCAUGCAAUCAUUUGAUUAUUUUUUUUAAAAAAAACUUCAAUAAAUCACUCUACAGGUACAGUGAUUUUCCGUAUCAUGGGGAGAAGCAGGAGCAAUCAUCCCCCAAAGAUAAUCCCUCUUGAAAAGCUUUGCCCUGUUUGUUUGGGGGGUCUUUUGGCAGCACCAUAUUGUGAUGCUUCUAAUAUAGGAAAAAUGUAACUGUUUCUGAACUGUCAUCCGUUUAUUAAGAAAUCAAUGUAAAACAUAUGGGAUCGUUUCUAAGGUGAUGGAUUUUUUUACCUCUUUUAUGGUUGAAUAAUAGAUAUGCAACAUCUCAUAAUAUAUACUAGGUAUCUUUUUAAGCUCCUCACUGAUUAAAUUGCCUUCCUGUGAUAAUGCAUUAUAAGGAAUGGCAAACCAUUGCAGUUUUAUUUGCAAUCAUGGUAAUUAUGUUUUAAUAUAGAAAAUGUAGACCUAGACCACAUAAUAUCAGCUACCAACUGCUUAAGUGACUUCUAUGAAGAUUAAGAUUGAAAAGAGAGGAGGGAAUGCUUCAGCUCCUUGGCAAAAUGCAGGAUUUAUCUAAACCGAAUAAAAUCUUUUGCAACAAGGAACCAUGUUUGACAUUUUGAAAGUCCCAGAAACUUAAGGUACGCCUGCAAAAGAAUCUUGGAAAAAAAGCUUUAUCAUGGUAUACGUUAGCUAGAGAAAUGAUCUGACAUGGUAUAAGACGGAUUCUUAUGUUCCUGCUUGGAGAAACAAAACAGGCAUAGAAACAAAAGAUAAGGUGAAAGAAAUGUCUCUUGGCUGCAAAUAAACAACAGGAUUUUCUUAGAAUUGGAAGUUGUAGGAACUGAGUCCAUAACAUGAUGACUGCAAAGAAAUCCUUAUAUUUGAGGGAAAUAAGUCUGAUAGCAAAUUCAUGUCUUGAAGCAUCUUUUCUUUAGAUGCCUCAGCAGGCUAGUAGCUGGAGGUGUAUUCCCUCCCCCCCCCAUCAUCAUGUUAUACAUAAUAGAUUGUCAUGUGACAAUCAUACUUGUAACUUACACAAAAAUUACUUACACAAAAACUACUUUAAAUCUCAAUAUAAAUUCAGAAAUUCUUUUCAGCUUGAAAGUUUCUGGUGUAAUUCCAAACAUGAAUUUUCCAUUUUUGUUGCAGAAAUUUGGGCAUUACAAUUAAAUACUUGUUUUGCUGAAUUUCCUAUGAUUUUCAUUAACAGCUUUGUUAGGAUAAGAUAACUAAAUCUCUUAUGUGAAACUUGAACUCAUCAUUUUUAUAUCUGUGGCUAUAUAUUCUUCCUCAGUUUAUCUCUGGAUCACCUAAAAGUGUUUUUGUUUUUAUUUUUUUUAAUCAUUUUUUUUUCAAAUAUGUUAACUUCAUGGAUGUUGAAGAAAUGUUUACAUGAGCAAACUUACUGAAUUCUUUAUUAUUUUUUCCCUUUCUUCAUAACAUGUCUUAGCAUAGGUUAUGAACUCCAAAACGAUCAGAAUUGUUACUUAAAAAAAAAAGAUGUGUCACAAGCUCAGGAAAUCCUAGUAGUUUCUACAGGACAAAGAUUUCAGUUUUUUUAUUAAAAUAUUGAAUGGAAGGAGCCACACAGGCUAACCAAAAUAUGCAUUUGGAUUCUAGUACAGUACAAAGCACUUUUUAUGCACAUACUGAUGGAUGCUGAAAUGCAAAGGGAGAGCUGGCAGUUUCUCUGAUGGCAAAGCAUCUCACUGAGGUGGAUUGUGAAAGAUGUGCCAGUCGAAUAUUGACAUAUCACUGUGUCAUCUUGACUGAUGUCUUAGUUUCAUCCAAAAACAACUUGACAUUACCCAUAGGCAACACUCUGAACAUUGUCCAGUUUCUCUGCCUCGUUGCCGCCGGUUGGCUUCAUCCCAUGUUAUUCCACAGAUUCUGUUCUGGGGGGAGGGAUGUGCAGAAGAGACCAUAGUGGGGAAGGAAAAUCUUACUGUGCAUGUGGAUUGCUACCCAGUCUUGAGAUAACUGUAUAUGUUUAAACAUAAAUUGGAAUGUCUAUGAAAUAAUAAACAGUGGCUUGGUAUGUGCAUA